AUGGAACCAUUUGUAAAUAUAUUUUUUGCGAUAGAUGAACAGCAGAAUGAAACAAUUACAAGAGAUGAAUUAAAACACUAUGUAAAACAACAUCAUUUAGAUGAAGGAAUGAUUUCGAGAUGGCAAACAUUAUUUGAUCCUGGGAAUACUGGUAUCAUAACGUUUGAGAAGUUUUGUGAUGUACUCGGUGUGAAACCUGAACAGGCGCGUACACUUCGAAAAAGUGUUAUCAAUAAAGGAUUACCUCCAGAUUUCCAAAUAAUUUCACAAAAUAUGUCAAUUGAAGAUCAAUAUCAAUUAUUCGAUCAAGUUCGACAAUUAUUAGAUAAAAAGUUAUCAGAUCAAGACUUAUCACAAGGAUUAAAACAAUGGCUUGAUAAAACAUUUGAUCCAUCAUGGCAUGUUGUAAUAGUCGAUGGAUCAUAUUGGAUUUCAUAUUCACAUUUACCUGAACAUUCACUUCAAUUUCGACUAAAACAAAAGUGUUAUUUACUAUGGCGAACACCGAAAUAUUAAGAAUUAAAUGUUUGUUGGUUGGAACAUUUAAAUUAUCCAACAAAAACUCAGUUUAUCUUUAUUGUAAUUUGACAAAUGUUUAUGUGAAU